AGUGGAUGUUGUGAAGUGUUGCCACUUGGCGGCCAUGGCAGCUGUAGUACCGGUGUCUCCGGGUCAAUCCUCGGAGGAGUGGAGUACCAUGGGCAGCAGCGGGUAUAGGGCAGAGACAGCUUUGUAGCAACUUCGCUGCUGAACCCCUAGAACCCAUCGUUAGAGAUCUGCAGGACUUUUUUUCCUCUACAAGACUCGGAGGGGAGUUUGCCAGGACUGGUGGGCUGGUCCCAGCCCUGGCGGGAUCACCGUCGGGCUGCCCUAGGGGGACAGGGGCGCCGGGAAAACGAACAGGAGCGACUAAAGCUGGUGACUGUGUUGGGUGCUGGCCUUCUCUGUGGAACUGCACUGGCAGUCAUCGUGCCUGAAGGAGUACAUGCACUUUAUGAAGACAUUCUUGAGGGUGAGAGAGAGAGAGAGAGAAGGCCUUAUGUGACAUAUGUUAUUGACUUGGAAGGUUGGAAGGAGAAGCUUAGUGAUAUUUCUUCUGAACACAGUUCAUGCUUGCCAUAGAAUUCUACCCUGGGAAGAGUUCUUAAGAGAUAUCUGCUGACAUCUUUGACAGUGAAUACAUCCUUAACAGUUGAAAAUGCCCUAAUUCAUGAAUACCACUUAUUUAUUUGUAAUAUAGCAUAAAUUCCAGUCUUUUAACGUUUAAUAGUUCUUUUUUUUUUUCCCUGACCCAAUGGCUGUGAUCUUUUGGAAGUAGAUUGCCAGGCAUUUCUUCCGAGGUGCUUCUGGGUACAUUCAAACUGCCAACCUUUCUGUCAGUAGCCGAGUACUUAACUGUUUGCAUCACCCAGAGACUCCUUGACAGUCCUUUUUAAAUGCCCACUCACAAAACCUCCCACAUGUAUUGUUGUUGUUGUUAGGUGUUGUUAGGUGCUGUCGAGUCGGUUCUGACUCAUAGCGACCCUGUGUUCAACAGAACGAAAUAUUGCCCAGUCCUGUGCCAUCCUCACAGUUGUUUGCUUGAGCCAAUUGUUGCAGCCACUGUGUCAUGUGUUUUUAGUGUAACUGAAAAAAUAGAUUGAUACACACAUUUGGAGUCAAGGACUUUGUAUGAUAAACUUUAUAGAUAAAUGGUGGGGACUGCUGAGGUAAAGGCUAACUAAAAAAGAGGUCUUUCCUGACCCUAAUAACAGAGAACAGCAUAGCUUAAUGAAAGGAAAUGCUGGGUGGUAAGCUUAAUUAUAGUCUUUCAUGGUGUGGACCUUCACACCAGCUUGAAAGCAUACUUGAUUCAAGUUUGUGACUCAGCAAAAUCACAUUACUACACAUAUGGAACUUCACAGUUACCUGUGAAGGCUUGAAACCACAACUGUUAAAUUGGUGAGUUGAAUCCUCAAAUGCCAAGAGUCUACUGGACUUCAAGAAUAGUAUGAAAAGGAAAACACCACCAAACAAGUGAAACACAGAAUGUGAUUGCAUCAGACAAAGCAGCAGAAAUACCAGUUGUCCAUGAACAUGAGCACAGCCACGACCACACACAGCUGCACGCCUACAUCGGUGUUUCCCUUGUGCUAGGCUUCGUUUUCAUGUUGCUAGUGGACCAGAUUGGCAGCUCCCAUGUUCAUUCUACUGAUGAUCCAGAAACAGCAAGAUCCAGCAAUUCCAAAAUCACCACAACUCUGGGACUGGUCGUCCAUGCCGCAGCUGAUGGUGUUGCUUUGGGAGCAGCGGCAUCUACUUCACAGACCAGUGUCCAGUUAAUUGUGUUUGUGGCAAUAAUGCUGCAUAAGGCACCAGCUGCAUUUGGGCUGGUUUCCUUCUUGAUGCAUGCUGGCCUAGAGCGGAACCGAAUCAGAAAACAUUUGCUGGUCUUUGCACUGGCAGCACCAGUUAUGUCUAUGGUGACAUACUUAGGACUAAGUAAGAGCAGUAAAGAAGCCCUUUCAGAGGUCAAUGCCACUGGAGUGGCCAUGCUUUUCUCUGCCGGGACAUUUCUUUAUGUUGCCACAGUACAUGUCCUUCCUGAGGUGGGCGGAAUAGGGCACAGCCACAAACCUGACACCACUGGAGGGAGAGGCCUCAGCCGUUUGGAGGUGGCAGCCCUGGUUCUGGGUUGCCUCAUCCCACUCAUCCUGUCGGUAGGACACCAGCAUUAAGUGUUCAGGUUCCAGCCUCUGUUCAUGGCCCUUUGCCAUCCAGUGAGAAACCGCCGGCACAUGACAGCUACUCACUUCCUCAGUCUCGUGUCUCACCUUGCCCAUCUCCACCUGUAUUCCUAGAGUCCGGAGGGAGGUGAGAUUAAAACCUGGAAUAACAGAAAAGCUUUUAGAGUAGAAACAACACAUUGCGAUUGGAUAUAGACAUUCCCUUGUGUUGUCUUUUAAAGGGCCUUGGCAUUUUGAGUUUUUAACCCUAUUCUCAGGGAAGAUGGAAUUUAGUUUUAAGGAAAAGUGGAGAACUUCAUACUCACAAUGAAAUAGUAAUUAUAACAGUACAGUGUUCUGUAAUUAAGCUAAAUCUCUUUCUUCGUAGUUUAGAGGCUCUGCCACUUCAUCCAUUGAUUGUCAACAUGGUUCUCACUGUGUCAGACUGGUGCUUUUAGCAUCUAUGCCACACACCUUGAUAGAAGGUCAUAGCGCCCACUGUCCUAGACGCUAAAGGUGAUUGCAUUUCAUUUGGGGCUAGAGUCAAGACGAUGAUAGCCAGACACAUUGGGAUGGCUGACUUUAUUCUCAAGAUAGAGAUCCACCAGAGGCGAGGUUUAGAGAGACCAACACCUCCCUUUGCACAGGCCUUUCUGAAGUAGAGCCUGCCAUUCCAUCCAGUGAAGCGACAGAGGUAGGGCUGACUGCUAAAGAGAUGACUAGUAUUUUGUAGCAUUUCUUUUCAACACAUUCUUAUUGAGGAGCCAGGUUCUAGUAGGUUCGGGCUUCGACUUUCCUUCAAGAGCAGUCAGUUUCACAAAGUAUCUUUGGAAAUUAAGGGGUAUUAAAUUUUAAGUGAAUUGGGAUAAUUACUGACAUCUUUGUAGUCACCUUUUUAAAAGUAAGGCUAUGAAAACCUAUGUUGUACUUUUUUUUUUUAAGUAUUUACUCUUAGCAGAUCAACAGUCCCUCUGGUAAAAUACUUCGUGCAGCUUGGGGAGUGUUAGGUCUGUUUCAUAUAGCAUCUUUAGCAAUGAAGAAAGGAUGUAUCAUAA